CCAUCGAGCAACGGGCAGGUCUCCGGUCUAACUAACCAUUCGUAUCCUUGGUUCUGGAUUAAAAUAUGUGGCAUUUAUCCGUGGUUCUUUUGGGCCUCGCGGUUGUGUGCUGGGCUGACACCCUGGUGCAGCUCCAUGUGAAUCGUCCUUACAACGAUGUGAACGAAAAGUUUGUGAGCUUCGCCGUGCGGCCGGAGGAUCUGUACGAUGCUCUGGAUGGUAAGAAUCGCAAGGCAGUCACAAAUUUGGCCAAUCUGCUGGGAGAUUCGCACAUCAAGUUCGUCGGUGAUUUCUACUUUGCCAGCAAUGCGCCGACCAAGCUGAGAAAUCCCACCAAGAUCAUCUGGAAGGGCUUUAAUCGUUGGACGCGGGCCGUGAACUGGACCAUGAUUAUCCCGGUUCCCUAUGCCCCCGAUGAGUGGGACUCCAUGCACACGCUCAAGAUCCUGAACACCUCCUACAUGGUGGGCAUCACCGACUGCAUCUGGCAGCUGGGCACGGAUUUCGGCACCUCCAGGGCCAAGGAUUACAUCCAGGAACUGCGAACCCUUAAACUGAUGACAGAUACUUUUAAACCUUACGUGGACGACUGGCAAGUGAUGGGGGCGGACAUCUCUGCGGGAAGCAGUCCCGAUGAAACCAAGAGAUACGUGGAAAUGUCUAAGGAUCUGAAUACGGCCUUUGGUUGGACGCAGCCCGCUAACAUGCUGCCCAAGAUGAGUUUGGGAAACUAUAUAUACGAAAGCGAUCCUGCCCUGAGAACCCUCCAACAACAGCGUAUUCCCUUGUGGCUGACUUUGCCGGAGGAGCGAUCCUCGCAGAGAUUGGUGGGCGACGAGACCACGGAUGCCCUGCGCUGGGCGCAGACCUUGGGAGAUGCUGCCACCAUCGGUUUCGAUGUGGUCUUCAAGCGAAUGACCCUUGCGGACUUUGAGCGACCCAAUUUCAGUCUCUAUGUGACGGCCCUGUUCAAGAAGGUCAUGGGAUCGAGGGUGUUCCCAGCCCGACCCCUAAAUGCCUUCUUCCCGACCAGCAAGCUCUACACCCAUUGUGCGAAUGCUGUCUCGGGAGGAUUGGCUUUCAUGGUGGUCAAUACGGAGGAGCAGCCCACCACGAUUACGGUGAAGAGUUCCAAACACCUCGCCAGCACUGAAAUCUGGCAGUACGUGAUCACUGGUCUGGACCAGAGGGUGCAGCUGAACAAUGUCCGUUUGCACCUAAACACCACUCUGCGUCCCUUGAUCAAACCCAUUGAUCCCACCAAGCCCCUGCAACUGAUCGCGCCCAGCAUGUCGGUGAGCUUCUGGGUCUUACCCGAUGUCAAUCUGGAGCACUGCCAGUUCACGGCGGUCGAGGCGGACGAUUCGAGUGGCGAGUCCACCUCCUCCAAGGAGAAGCGGCGCUCAUCCCGCUACAGUUCCGCCGAUAGGUUGCUCCAGCGGUUGAUCGAGGAGACUGCGGUUGCCCGAGGAUCGGUUCAGAGUUCCAUCAAUCGCAAUCGAAGAUUUGUCAUCGACAAGGAAGACACUCCGGAGAGCCUUCUCGACCGCCUGCUAGAGCAUUUCAGGGAUGACAUUCCGCCGAAGCGAGAAGUGGGCGAUGACAAGGAGAAGUCGGUGAAACCCCACAAAGCUUUGGCCUGGUUGUACCAGGUCCUCGAGCAAACCCGCGAUAUGGAUAAAAAACGAUCCAAACGCAGCACUUCCAGUUACUCGGGACCCUUUUUCUACAACCGUCAGGGUAAGAAAACCGCCUUGACCAAGAAGAUUACAGAGAUCCGCAAGCCUGAAAGAAAAAAAAAGCCUCUCUUCGACUUUGACGAGUUCGACGAGGAGAAGUUCUUCAAGCGCAUCGGUGAGAAGUCCGAGGAGACACCCACCUACACACGUCUUCCGGAGGGUGAUGUGCAUCUGAAGCAUAUAGAGAGCGUGGACGGCGAGGAGAACGAGCAGGAGGCUGAACCAGAAGUGCCCAGGAAAAGGAGAACCAAGUCCAGGAAGGAGCUGAAGAUCAUCCAGAAAGCUGCGGAAAAGGAAGAUGAGCAGGAACAGGAACCAGAGCCAACCGAAGGACGUGCCAAGCUGCGCCUACUGCCCACGGAAUUCUUCGAGGCUCUGCCGGCUCCCAAGCUUCCACCGACCAAGCAACUGAAUCUGGGGGCCACCUUGAACUCACUGCUCUUUCCGGAACCCUUCUCCAGGAAGGCCACCAUGGCCCAGGGUGCUGCAAUUAAAUCCAAGCCCAUAGAGGAGCCUGAAGAGGAUGUUGACCCAGUACCAACUGCCAGAAGACGGCACUCCAGAAUAGGUCACGUGGCUAAUGAUUUCUUGCAGGCGCAAAAGGAGCUGGGAAAGCAUUUCCUCAGUCACAUCAACGAGCACGAGCACGAAUUUUCUCUGGGAGAUGAGGGCGCGCGGGAGGGUUCGCUGGAAUCAGAAAAUUCCGGAAAAAAAUCCCUGAACCAGGACCUUUUCGGAACGAAGAAAAGUGCCCCUUCUCUGCAUCAGAAGCUACCUCAGCAGACGGCUGAUGAAGGUAUUACCUCCUGGUGGGAUCUUCCGGCGAUGAGAAGGCGUCGUGCCGUACCCCUUACCAAUUCCCUAGACGAACUGCCCUCCAAUGCCAUAGACAAAGCAGAUCGCGACGAGAUGCUGCCCCUGGGAAGGUACACCUUCUACGAGUACAAGGUGGACCAGAGUCCAGAGAAGGAUGCCAGCCAACCCAAAGAGGAGAAGGAGUCCAAGAUCAUGAAGAUAAGCAGUAAGUCGCAGGCUACUGGUAAGGAUCGCAGCCUGUCCAAGCUCUCCGAAAGCCUCGUCAGCACUGUGAAAUCGAAGGUCUCUCGCUUUAUAAACAUCAUCUCCAACCACAUGAACGAGUGGUACAACACCUUAACCAAGCACCUUGAUGCGGAAACGGAACCCGAAAGACCACGCAGGCAAAACACUAUCGAUAAGUAGAAGCCACAUGACAUUUACCGAAAUUCUGUAAACUUUCAUCAGUAAAACCUAAUGUAAAUAUGUAUUUAUGUACAAUACAAUCAUUAUUGCAUUCAAUGACAACUUAUUUGUGCGAUAACUCUAAGACAGUUAUCUCUCCCAAAUAAAAAUCUGAGGACUUGGGCAACGAACUAGGUGGGCUUGGGCUAAGCUUUUGCUAGAUUUGUUGGGCUUCCUAUAUUGUACUUAUCCAUUUGACAUCUAAAUAAUAAAAGAAAAUACAAAUUAA